AUAUAAACCUGGGGCCUCACACCUUCAGCUGGGUCAAAUUUCUCCUGCAGGUCACUGCGUCCUCUUCGGGAAAAGAAGUUUCAUCCGGACGGCGGCGCAUCGCUGACGUCUCAUCCCUGGAAUACUUUUUAAAGCUGAGCUUUUUAAGAAUCUUGGACCAUGUGAAAUAAAUCGAGUCUCUGUUGUUUUAAGCUUGUAAAUGAAUUUAGGAGAGUCCUCGACUCAGUUUCGAAUGAGUUCUGCUCGCUGGUGAUCCCCGAGCAGAGACGGUUUAGGGGGGGGGGGAGGCGAACGAGCACAUUUUCUUCCCGGCACAGAAUGAACCUCAUCGGGGGCUACCAGCAUCACCACCACCACCACCUGAUGCACGAACCUUUCCCGUUCGUCCAGCGGUGCCACCAGGACGCGCCGUACUUCCAGAGCUGGGUGGUGAACCACGGGGAGGUGCCCGCGGAUUUCCAGAUCCAGGCGCCCUACACGCCUUCCGCGGAGCUGGGCGCGCAUGGAGCUGCGCACGACGGCCGGCUCGAGGGGCUCCAGCCGGGGAUGGGAAAGAGGAGGGCGUCCGGGCCGAAGAAGGAGCGCCGCAGGACGGAGAGCAUCAACACGGCUUUCGCGGAGCUCCGGGAAUGUAUUCCCAACGUUCCCGCAGACACCAAACUGUCCAAAAUCAAAACUCUGCGCCUGGCGACCAGUUACAUCGCGUAUCUGAUGGACGUGCUGGCCAAAGACUCCGGCGAGACGGAGGGCUUUAAGGCCGAGAUUAAGAAAUUUGAAACGCGGGAUUUGAAAAGGAAACGAGAGCUGGUGAGUUAUGUUUGCUGGAGCCUCCUGGAUUGUCAUGAGUUUGGAAAUUAUUCCCAAUCCGAAGCAUUUUCCCCCCGUAAUUCGGUGACUUAUUUACGCAGCCUGUAAGUCUGAGUCAGAGUGAAAACAUCUGUAGGCCUGGAAAUGUUUACAGAGCGCUCUGACUAAACU